GAAAAAACAAACUUAAGCCCCAACAAAGUGACGUCAUAAUCACUCGCCUAGAAGAGGCUUUAGCGAGAGGAUCGAAAAUACCAAAAGCUUUUUUUGUUGUUGCGUUUUGUACAAAACAGUCAAAAUGCCCAAGGUAAAGAGAAGCCGAAAGCCACCUCCAGACGGGUGGGAACUUAUCGAGCCUACUUUGGACGAACUGGAUCAGAAAAUGAGAGAAGCUGAAACAGAGCCGCAUGAGGGAAAGAGAAAGGUGGAGGCCCUCUGGCCAAUUUUCAGGCUUCAUCAUCAGCGCAGUCGCUACAUCUUCGACCUCUUCUACAAACGAAAAGCCAUCAGCAGAGAGCUUUACGAGUACUGUAUAAAAGAAGGCUACGCAGACAAGAACCUGAUUGCGAAGUGGAAGAAGCAGGGCUAUGAGAACCUCUGCUGCCUGCGGUGCAUUCAAACACGAGACACCAACUUUGGGACUAACUGCAUCUGCAGAGUCCCCAAGAGCAAGCUUGAAGUUGGGAGGAUCAUCGAGUGCACUCACUGUGGUUGCAGAGGAUGUUCUGGCUGAGCUGCUGCUUUUGGACUCAUCGUUUUGUUCCACAUCCAGCCUUCACCCAAAUGACCCCGAACCCUUUUGAUUUCAUUUGUCUGCUUCAGAAACCGUCAUCUUUGUCUUUAAAGGGGAUCAAUGUUUUGAUAGUUUUGUGUUUUAACACAUGAGGGAAUAAAUAAAAAAUGGGGCCAUGUUUUAGGACGAGUUUUUCUUUAACACAUAAAAAAAGAGAGAACUGUUUCUGGCUCAGACCUGUCAUUCCAGCUCCGCCACACCCACAGUGGAGGUCCGUUCUGAAAUGAUCUGAAAAGCUUUUUUCUUUUUAAAUGUCACGUCUUUCAUCUGUAAUGGCUCAUUGUUAUUAUUCUAGUAUGAUUUAAAAUAAAACAUUUCAGGUGAA